AGAAAAUAUAUGUAGUGUUUCCAAUCGGUAUGUUUUAGUUCACUUGUGCUGUACGGUGAAAAAUGUUGAUGUGUCGUGAAUAUAUAACAGUGUACGAUAUAAGCAUGACAAGUAGAGUAUAAAUCUUCGCGUCCAGAAAUGCACGCAAUUCCGUUGCAACUGGACAAAUAAAGAAACGAAAGAAAAAAGAGAAGAAGAAGAAGCAACCACUUAAGGAAAGAGUAUCAAGGCACUUAGGCAGUAAUCUGUCCAGGAGUGUUCUCUUUAUUUAGCUCUAUCAGGGGUGGUUUGUGUACACUGGCGAGCCGUAGCAACCCUUGUGGGGCGUAUCCUCCGCAGCUCGCCGCAAGAUUUCUAGAAGGACCUAAGGAACGAGCCGUCAACGAACGAGUCUUAAACGGCAGCACACGCACGCGCAGAACGAUAGUACCGGGGACAUACGAAAGAAACGGCCGAAGCAUCGAGUGAUUCCAGUGGUUUUCGUGCACACAGAAGAUCACCCCAGGCAGUCGCAAUGGCCACCCUAUCCUUGCGUAUCUCCAUACCGGAGAAAAACGCCACGAAGAUGAUGCAAUUCGACCCGAGCACAUCCGUUUACGAUGCUUGCCGUAUUAUCAGAGAGAAGCUCGCUGAAGCGAGUAACAUGGGCCAACCGAAGGACUACGGGCUAUUCCUUGCCGACGAGGACGUCAAGAAAGGAGUCUGGCUGGAGCCAGGGCGGAAUCUCGAUUAUUACAUUCUGAGGAACGGCGAUCUUCUCGAGUACCGGCGGAAACUGCGUACCCUCAGAGUGCGCAUGCUGGAUGGAACGCUGAAGACGUUGCUUGUAGACGACAGUCAACCCGUCGCCAAUCUCAUGGUAGUAAUUUGUACAAAGAUAGGCAUCACGAAUCAUGACGAGUACUCGCUGGUGCGGGAGCUGGCCGACGAAGAGACCGAGAACCAAAAACCGGGCAAUUUCGGCACCCUCACUCUGAAGAGACGGAAAGAGGAAAAAGGCGAACGGGACGCGAAGAUGGAUCAGCUGAGGAAGAAACUGAAGACCGACGACGAGGUGAAUUGGAUAGACCCCAGCAAGACGUUACGGGAGCAAGGAAUAGACGAGUCGGAAACGGUGUUGCUGCGGAGGAAGUUUUUCUUCUCGGAUCAAAAUAUCGACAGCCGGGAUCCGGUGCAAUUAUCUCUUUUGUACGUUCAGGCAAGAGAUGCAAUCCUAGACGGCACGCAUCCAGUUACUCAGGAAAAAGCUUGCACUUUCGCUGGAAUACAAUGUCAGAUUCAAUUUGGCGACCACAAAGAAGACAAACACAAACCCGGCUUUCUCGAUCUUAAGGAAUUCCUGCCACAGUCCUACCUGAAAGUAAAAGGCAUCGAGAAGAAGAUCUUCGCGGAGCACAAAAAGCACGUAGGCCUUUCCGAGCUCGAUGCAAAGGUUCUCUACACAAAAACGGCAAGAUCAUUGAGCACGUAUGGUGUCACGUUCUUCCUGGUGAAAGAAAAGAUGAAAGGCAAGAACAAGCUAGUGCCACGUCUGCUUGGCGUCACGAAAGACUCGGUCCUGCGACUCGACGAAAAAACAAAAGAAAUCCUGAAGACCUGGCCAUUGACUACCGUCCGACGUUGGGGAGCCUCACCAAACACGUUCACCCUCGAUUUCGGCGAUUAUUCUGAUCAGUAUUACAGCGUGCAGACCACCGAGGCCGAGCAGAUCCUCCAGCUCAUUUCCGGUUACAUCGACAUCAUCCUAAAGAAGCAGAAGGCCAAGGAUCACUUUGGUAUCGAGGGAGACGAAGGCUCCACUAUGGUCGAAGACAGUGUGUCGCCUCUGAAAGCAACAAUUAUGCAACACGAAACGAGUAACGUCGGCAAGGGAAAUGUGGAAGCCGUGUCAGUCGCUAUACCAGCAGUCAUGAGAGUUGGAGGAGACGGGGCUCGACCAUAUGGGACCGGGCACAUGGGCGGUGCUCAGUACACGACUGUCAGUGGCCAGGUGAACAUCGCUCACGCUCCACCGAUGGUGCAACAAACCAAAGUCACAUCCGUCCUGUCCGAACCACAACGUGCCUUACUGUCGACUAUUACCGCUGGUCACGAGGUGAUCCAUAUCGCGGAGACCGAGCUGUCCUGCAAGGCCUCGCUCCCUGAACUGGGGACCGAUCCAGCCUCACUGAAAUGGAUCGAGCAGACCAUCGACACGCAAAAACAGAACGUCGGCUCGCAGAUCGCGGCGAUGAACGCCGCGACCGCGCAGGUCGUCACCUUGACAUCCGGCCCGGCCGACCACGUGGAUCACACCGCGGUGGGCGCUGCGAUCACCACGAUCGCCACUAAUCUGCCCGAGAUGACGAAGGGCGUCCGGAUGAUCGCCGCCCUCAUGGACGACGACACUUCCGGAGACAGGCUCUUGGACGCGGCGAGAAAACUUUGCUCGGCGUUUUCCGACUUAUUGAAAGCCACGGAACCGGAGAACAAGGAGCCGAGACAAAAUCUUCUGAAUGCCGCAUCCCGCGUGGGCGAAGCCUCGCACCAAGUGCUAACCACUAUUGGAGAAGAAAACGACUCGAACCGCGAGCUUCAAGACAUGCUGCUUGCUCUGGCCAAGGCGGUAGCUAACUCGACCGCCGCGUUGGUGCUCAAAGCAAAGAACAUCGCGGCCACGUGUGAAGAUUCUGCGACUCAGAAUCGCGUCAUAUCCGCUGCCACUCAGUGUGCCCUCGCGACAUCACAGCUGGUCGCUUGCGCGAAGGUCGUGGCACCGACGUUGCAGUCUCCAGCUUGCCAGACACAGCUGAUGAACGCAGUUAGAGAGGUAACAAAGGCUGUCGAAGGCUUGGUCGAGGUGUGCAACGUGACCUGCAACGACGACAAUCUUCUGAAGGAGCUGAGCGCAGCAGCGUCCGAAGUCAGCAGAACCCUGAAUGACCUGUUGAAUCACAUAAAAACCGCUACGAGAGGAGAACGAGCCAAGGAGACGGUCCAAGAAGGAGCGGUAGAGACGAUACUGGUAGCUACGGACAAACUGUUCGCCAGCACCGGAGACGCCGGUGAGAUGGUCAGGCAAGCUAGGGUGGUCGGUCAAGCUACUGCCCAGUUGAUUCAAACUAUAAAAGGCGAGGCGGAGAGACAGACUGAUACGGAGCAACAACGUCGAUUGUUGGCUGCAGCAAAGGUACUAGCCGACGCCACCGCAAAAAUGGUAGAGGCUGCAAGACAAUGCGCCAGUAGUCCCCACGACGCGAAGAUGCAGGAUCAGUUGCGUCAAGCUGCCGAAGAACUCAGAGCUGCAACCACUGCUGCAGCCACUCCGGCAUUGAGAAGGAAAUUGAUCAAUAGAUUGGAAGCUUGCGCGAAGCAGGCUGCUUCUACCGCUACUCAGUGCAUAGCCGCUGCAUCGGGGGUUCAACAUCACAACACCAAUCCGUCUAGUCAAGAGGAACUAACUGCAGAGUGUCAUACUAUGAUGCAACAUAUACCACAUUUGGUGGCCGGGGUGAAGGGCACGCAAGCGCAACCGGAUAAUCCCACGGCACAGUUGAAUCUGAUUAACGCAUCCGAACAAUUCUUACAGCCUGGUACAUCUGUGGUGAAGUCUGCCAGGGCGGUUCUGCCAACCGUUACCGAUCAAGCCUCUGCGAUGCAGUUGAACAACACCUCUCAACAAUUGGGUGCGUCUUUGACAGAUUUAAGGUCAGCAGUGACACGCGCUAGAGAAGCUUGCGGUGGUUUGGAGCUGGAUGCCGCUGAGGAAUUGAUUAACAGCCUUAAGGAUGAGUUGGGCGAGUUUUAUAGAGCAGUCGAGGCGGCAUCUUUGAGACCUUUGCCUGAGGAAACAACAGAGUCCACUGCUCUUCGAUUGGGUGCCACGUCGAAGAAUGUUGGAUUCGCCAUGGCUCAACUUCUGUCUGCUGCCAAACAAGGAAACGAGAAUUAUACUGGAAGUGCAGCCAGAGAGACAGCGUCUGCCUUGAAGGAUCUGACUUAUGCUGUUCGCGGCGUGGCUGCCACAUCGAAUCAACCUGAAACACAGAAGAGGGUAUUGAUGACAGCGGAUGAUGUUAUCCUGAAGUCUCUGCGUCUUGUCAAGGAAGCAAGACGAGCUUUGAAGAGCCCAGAUAAUCCUGACAACGAAGCUAACUUGGCUGCUGUUGCCAAAGACGUGUCGAAUUCUUUGAACAAGUGCGUUUCUUGCUUACCCGGCCAAAGAGACGUCGACGAAGCGAUCAAGAACAUUGAGGACAUAACACAGGUGCUGGGUAUGAACGAGUUCCCGCAAACCAAUAAGAGCUACGGACAACUCCAAAGCGAUUUGAACAACGCAGCCGCAAAUCUAAACGAUGCUUCAUCAAACGUAGUCUCAUCUGUACGUUCUCCAGUACAGCUGGCAAGCUCCUCAAAACAAUUUACCAACGCUUUCGGGGACUUGCUGGGUGUCGGAAUGGAAAUGGCCGGUCAAACGACGAUCGAAACUCGCACUCAGAUGGUCGUCUCCUUGAAGAACGUCAGUAUGACAUCAAGCAAAUUAUUAGUGACCGCAAAAUUCGUGGCAGCCGAUCCCGGCGCACCGAACGCAAAGAAUCAACUGUCAGCGGCUGCGAGAGCUGUGACCGAUUCCAUCAAUUACCUCGUGGAUGUCUGCACGUCCGCUGCACCCGGUCAAAACGAAUGCGACAACGCGAUCAGGAACAUCCAAUCGAUGCGAUCUCUUUUAGACAAUCCUAGCGAGCCUAUAUCUGACGCGUCAUAUUUCGAGUGCCUCGAAAUCGUUAUGGAGAAGAGCAAGAGCCUUGGCGAUGGAAUGACAGGCAUAGCCAAUCAUGCGAAAAAAUCAGAACACGAACAGUUCUCGGUAGCUGUUCGAGGAGUAUCCACGUCGAUCUGUGGUUUAAUUGAAGCAGCGGCUCAGGCUGCUUAUUUAGCUGGAGUGAGUGAUGCAACUUCAGUUGCUGGGAAACCAGGCCUCGUAGACCAGGCCCAGUUCUUAAGAGCAGCUCAGGCUAUCCACACCGGUUGCCAGAGUCUUGGAAAUCCAACAAGUUCCGAACAACAGGUCCUCUCAGCCGCCACUAUGAUCGCAAAGUACACAAGUGCUCUCUGCAAUGCAUGCCGGGAAGCUUCAAACAAGACCAGCAACCCGGUCGCCAAGAGACAUUUUGUCCAGUCGGCCAAGGAUGUUGCUAAUUCUACGUCUGUUUUGGUCAAGGAGAUCAAGGCACUUGAUCAGAAUAACUCUGAAACCAAUAGGGAUAAAUGUGCAGAAGCUACGAAGCCACUUCUGGAGGCUGUGGAUAAUCUGUGCACGUUCGCUGGGUCUCCUGAAUUCGCCAGUCACCCUGCUAAGAUAUCCAUCGCUGCCAGAGCUGCCCAAGAACCUAUCACCAGCGCGGGGAAGGCUAUCAUUGAUGGGUCUUGUGCUAUGGUUCGAGCCGCUAAGAGUCUGGCUGUCAGUCCUAAAGAUCCUCCAACUUGGCAGCUGUUGGCCAAUCACAGCAAGAGUGUUAGCGAUUCGAUUAAGUCUUUAGUUGCCUCUAUUCGAGAUAAGGCGCCUGGACAGAAAGAAUGCGACGCAGCGAUUGAGAAAUUGUCCGUCAGGAUCAGAGAAUUGGACGCUGGAUCUCUUAGUGCUGUUUCACAGGCUCUGGUGCCGCGACGGGAUAACACGGUGCAAGGAUUCACGGACCAGAUGGAGAGCAGUGCGAGUGAAUUACGCGAGAAACUGGAACCUCUUCGAACAGCUGCCAAAUACGAGGCUGAGAAUGUCGGUCAUUCUGUUAACCAGAUUGCCUUGUACUGCGAGCCUCUGGUUUCUGGAGCGAUUGGUGCUGCCUCGAAUAUGGUGCACUCGAAACAACAAAUGGUACUGCUCGAUCAAACGAAAACAGUCGCGGAAUCUGCUCUGCAGCUUGUAUGCGUGACAAAAGAGUCCGGCGGUAAUCCUAAGGCUAUCAACUUCCAUGCGGAGGUGGAUGAAACUGUAGAAUCCAUGAAGGAUGCGCUGCAAGAGUUACAGAAUACUUUGGAGACUAUUUCCACGUCAAACGGCAUCGUAACUGGAUUAAUCGAUACCAUUUCACGGGCGAUGGUUAGGUUGGAGGAUCACAGAAUGUCUACCAUUGAUACGGUUGACUUUUAUGUGGAUUACCAAACGAGGAUGGUGGAGGCUGCCAAGGAGAUAGCACGAUUGGCACAGGAAAUGUCAACGAAAUCCAGCACCGACGUGGCCAGACUCGGUCCCCUCGCAGUGGACAUCUCUCACAAGUACACCCAACUAGCUCGCGACACUUCCGGUGCUUCCGCAGCGGCAUCCAACGCCGACGUGUCCGCAAGACUUCGUACUGGUGUUCAGGAGCUUGGUCGAGCAUGCGCUGAUAUAGUUCGUGCCGCGGGCACAUGUCAAAUGUCACCCGGUGACGCUUAUGCUCAGAGAGAAGUGGCAGAGCACAGCAAGAACGUCACAGAGAAAGUGUCCCAAGUGCUGGCUGCCCUCCAAGCUGGCUCCCGAGGCACGCAAGCUUGCAUAAACGCUGCCAGCACCGUGUCAGGGAUCAUCGGUGACCUGGACACCACGAUUAUGUUCGCCACCGCUGGAACUUUGCAUGCAGAGAACGAGGGUGACACAUUUGCCGAUCACAGGGAGAACAUUUUGAAGACGGCCAAAGCUCUCGUCGAGGACACCAAGACACUGGUAGCAGGCGCAGCUUCAUCACAAGAACAGUUGGCCGUGGCAGCACAGAAUGCUGUGUCCACGAUUAUCGAACUCGCUGAAGUCGUGAAAUAUGGAGCAGCCAGUUUAGGUAGCCAGAAUCCCGAAGCUCAGGUGAUGCUGAUCAACGCGGUGAAAGACGUGGCCUCUGCUCUCGGUGAUCUCAUACACGCCACCAAAGCAGCCAGCGGGAAACCUAUCAACGAUCCAAGCAUGACUCACCUGAAAGAGUCCGCCAAGGUGAUGGUGACCAACGUAACAUCACUCCUAAAAACAGUCAAAGCAGUAGAAGAUGAGCACACGCGCGGUACCAGGGCUCUCGAAUCGACUAUCGAGGCGAUUGCUCAAGAGAUUCGCGCUCUGCACACUCCGGAGAUCCAAAAGAGCAACGUGACUCCAGAGGAUUUGGUCCGUUGCACCAAAAGCAUCACGAUGUCCACCGGAAAGGCGGUAGCUGCUGGGAACAGUUGCAAGCAGGACGACAUAAUCGCAGCAGCGAAUAUGGGAAGGAAGGCUAUCAGUGACAUGCUAACGAUUUGCAAGGGAGCAGCCUACAACUGCGCUGAAACUUCUGAACUUAGAGACAGGACUCUUCAGGCUGGCCACGACGUGGCGAUGCAUUAUAGGGAACUAUUGCAAGCAAUCCUCCAAAUAGCCUCCAGAUCUGGUGACCCUAAGCACACACUGGUCCCGAUAUCUAGAAAAAUCGCCCAGAGUGUCACUGAACUGGUAGCUGUCGCUGAGCUGUUGAAGGGAAGCGAUUGGGUGGACCCUGAUGACCCAACUGUCAUAGCUGAGAAUGAAUUGCUAGGCGCUGCUGCUAGUAUCGAUGCUGCUGCCAAGAAGCUGGCUAGCUUGAGACCUAGAAGAAGCAUUCAGGAGGCCAAUGAAGACAUGAACUUCGACGAGAUGAUCCUCGAGGCCGCAAAAUCGAUCGCGGCCGCAACGUCAGCCCUCAUCAAAGCGGCCAGUGCAGCACAGAGAGAGUUAAUAGUUACAGGUAAAGUCUCACGACAACCUUUAACCAGUUCCGACGAUGGCCAAUGGUCCGAAGGUUUAAUAUCCGCCGCGAGAAUGGUGGCAGCUGCAACGCACAGUCUCGUGGAAUCCGCGAAUGCGCUUGUACAGGGUGUCAGCUCGGAAGAGAAGCUGAUCUCUAGCGCGAAACAGGUCGCCAGCAGUACUGCACAGUUAUUGGUAGCCUGUAAAGUGAAGGCUGACCCCGACAGUGAGAGCACUAAGCGUCUGCAACAGGCUGGAAAUGCUGUGAAACGAGCUACAGACAACCUGGUCAGAGCAGCGCAGCAAGCUAUCCAGCAGGAAGAAGAACGGUCCUUGGUUCUGAAUCGCAGGAUGGUCGGUGGCAUCGCCCAGGAAAUAAACGCUAGGACAGAGGUGUUACGUAUCGAGCGAGAACUGGAAGAAGCCAGAGGCAGACUGACAGCGAUCCGCCAGGCUAAGUACAAAAACCGACCAGACCUGACUGACACCGAUAAUGAAGGGGAACAGAGUGGCUAUGAAAGUUAUACGACAAAGUACGAGACCAGGGUAGUGAUGGGAUUUGAAACGCUUCGAAUCGCUUCGAAUCUGUACACGGACGAAAACUACGAAUCAUUUCGGAUCUGAUUCGAAGCUUAAAACUCUUGAGAGUCUUAAACGGAUUCGAAGUUUUGAACAGAUUCAAGGUCAACGAAUUCGAAGUCUUGAAUGGUCUUGGAAGUCUUGAAUGGUCUUGGAAGUUUUGGAAGUGAUGAGGUUUUUGUUUUUUAUAGAUUUUGCAAGCUUAAUGAAUAUUCAAUAUAUUACAGGCAUUUUGAUUACUUUUAUUCUAGCAGUAUCACUGAUAUAAGAUAUUAAAGAAUAAUUCCGAAAAUUUCGAAUAAUCAUAAAUACAUUUAUUGUUUUUGGGGACUGUAAGAAAGAAAAUGUUAAACAAAUUGAGAACGUUCCCCAAUGAUUGAGACACA